AUGCAGAACGUUCACGGUGUUCAUGUGAAUGUUGUAAACUCAAUUGACGGUCUUUUUAAUAAAAUUCAUGUCAAUAUUGUUAAUUCUUUAGAAGGCAAUUUAGAUUUAAAUCUUCAUUGUAAAUCUAAAGAUGACGAUCUUGGAGAUCAUCUUUUACAUCAUGGUGAAAGAUUUAGUUUUAGUUUCCGUCCUAAAUGGUUUGCUAAAACCUUAUUCUUUUGUUCCUUUGUAUGGAAUGGUGAAUUACAUUGGUUUGAUAUAUUUAUAGAUUGGGACAUGCCGAGAGCAGAUUGUCAUAGUUGCAAUUGGAAUGUAUACAAAUCUGGACCAUGUAGAACUCCAGAGUUGCCUACAGAUAAACCUAUUUGCCUUCCGUGGAAUAAGCCACAAUGA